AUGGAGGGCCACCUGCGUUUCAAAUCGAUAGCAAUAUCAUCCGACUCUAAAGAUCCUAUAUCCCCUUGUGGUAUCUGUAGACAGUUCAUCCGAGAAUUUGGAGAAGACAUUCCAGUUUUCAUGUUUAGUGAUGAUGGUUCGACAUAUCAAAAGGUAUAUCUCCGGGACUUGUUGCCAUUGAGUUUUGGGCCAGAGAACUUAGGCGUGGGUUCGUAG